AUGGCAGAUAAAGAACAAUUAAAAAGUCAAUUUAAAUCGAUUACAAAUGCAGAUGAUCAUGUUUGUCAAUUCUAUCUUGAGAGUCAUGAUUGGAAUUUAGAUAGUGCAACACUUUCAUAUUUUGAAGAUCAACCAGAAGGUGGAGGAAGUGGUGGAGUGUCACAACCACAACAACAAUCAAGACAACCUUAUAUCGAAGAGGAGGAAGAAGAGGAUGAUGAACCAUUUAGACCAAGAGGUGUAAUGGCAAAUCAACCACCACCAUCAUCAUCAUCUGGAUCAACAAAGAAAACAUCUGGUGCACCAGCAAGAGGAGGUGUUAGAACUCUCUCGGAUUUCAAUAGCGAUGAUCACAGUGACCACGACGAUGACGACGAAGACGAUAAGACACAGAACUACUUUACCGGUGGUGAAAAGUCGGGUCUGAUGGUUCAAUCCGGUCCGAAACCAAAGAAGUCCGGUGACAAGGGUGUCGUUGACGAUGUAUUUGAUAGCGCCAAGAAGCAAGGCGCCAAACCGGCAGCCGAACGCAAACCCAACAAGCCAGAGUCAUUCGAUAGCGUCGGAUACAUGCUCGGUAACACACAGGCUGGUCAGACCGUCCAGUCGAAGCCGCCCGCCAAGAACCCUGACGACCAAACCGUUGAGGUGAAAAUCACAUUCUGGCAGCAGGGAUUCACCAUUGACGAUGGUCCACUCCGAGGAUUCGACCGACCAGAGAACCGUGAGUUCCUCAUGGACAUCCAGCGUGGAGUGAUCCCACGUGAACUCGAAGCGAAUGCGCCACCCGGCGGACUCUCGAUCGUCUUGUUGGACAACCGUCAAAAGGAUUACGUCGAGCCUGCCAAACCCAGAUACGUUGCAUUCUCUGGCAGUGGACAAGCAUUAGGAUCGACACCAUCUUCAACAUCAACAACAACAACAACUAGCUCGACUUCUUCUUCUUCUUCAAGCAGACCAACAACAACAACUGCCACCACCACUACUACAGCACCAACAGUUGAAAUAGAUAGAUCACAACCAACUACAGUAAUACAAAUACGUAUGGCAGAUGGAUCGAGACAACAAGCGACUUUCAAUGAAACACAUACACUUCAACAAUUGAUCAACUAUAUCAAUGCUAUCAAUAACAAUACAAGACCAUUCGAUUUACUCUCUGGAUUCCCAAUGAAACCAAUACCAAUCAACCCAUCACAAUCCUUAAAAGAUGCAGGUCUAUUAGGUGCAUUAAUUCAACAGAAAUUUAAAUAA